AUGGUUCCCACGGGAUUGCUUGUACUUCUGGCUGCCUGCUGUGUGUCGCAGACAUCCGCAGGAUUCGGAUUUGGACUGGGAGGCGGAGGAUCUUCUGCCCAGGCCAGUCUUCCGGGCUUGGGUCUCAGCGGCAGCUACAACGGUGGUGGAGGAGGAUUGUUUGGAAUCGGUGGCAAUCAAAAUGCUGGAUCCGCAGCCCAUCAAGCCGCAAACGGACUCCUGGGAGUGGCGGGCGCUGGUGCCAACGCUUUACAUCAAGCAGGAGCUGCAACAGCUUCCCUUGGGGCUCAGGCUGUCAAGGAGACCGCCAAUGUGGCAUCCACUGGAGCAGCUAAUCUCCACCAAGCUGCCUCUGGUACAUCCCACUCUGGUUCUGCUUCGAUUGGAGCUGGGAAUUUGAACGUCAAAACAUCCGGAACAGGAUCUGGACUUACUAUUAGUGGAUCUCACAAUUCAGGAGCUGCUGGAUCGGCGGCUCAUCAAGCUGCUAAUGGACUACUCGGAGUUGCAGGAGCUGGUGCCAAUGCCAUACAUCAGGCCGGAGUUGCCACAGCUUCCCUUGGAGCUCAGGCUGUCAAGGAAACCGCCAAUGUGGCUUCCACUGGAGCUGCUAAUCUCCACCAAGCUGCCUCUGGUACUUCCCACUCUGGUUCUGCUUCCUUGGGAUCAGGACACUCGGGAUCUGCCUCCAUUGGAGCUGGCAACUUGAACAUUAAAGCCACAGGAUCCAAUGCGGGACUGUCUGUUAGUGGAUCACAUAAUGGUGCAUCUGCAGCGCAUCAAGCUGCAAACGGAAUCCUGGGAGUGGCAGGAGCUGGGGCCAAUGCUGUACACCAGGCAGGAUCUGCCACUGCUUCCCUCGCAGCUCAGGCGGUGAAAGAAACCGCAAAUGUGGCCUCCACCGGAGCAUCUAACCUCCACCAAGCUGCCUCAGGUACUUCUGGUUCUGGAUCUGCUUCGACUGGAACUGGUCAUCUGAACAUCAAAACCUCUGGAACAAACGCUGGACUUACGGUUAGUGGAACUCACAACUCAGGAGCGGCUGGAGCAACGGCUCAUCAAGCUGCUAACGGCGUACUCGGAGUAGCAGGAGCUGGUGCCAAUGCCAUACAUCAGGCCGGAGCUGCCACAACUUCCCUUGGAGCUCAGGCUGUCAAGGAAACCGCCAAUGUGGCUUCCACUGGAGCUGCUAAUCUCCACCAAGCUGCCUCUGGCACUUCCCACUCGGGUUCUGCUACCCUGGGGGCUGGACAUUCAGGCUCUGCCUCUAUUGGAGCUGGACACGUGAGUAUUGGAGCCUCUGGAACAACUGCCGCUGAGACUGCAAAGAUUAGCGCCGGACAUGGAGCCGCCCACUCAGGAUCAGCCUCGAUUGGAGCUGGUCAUGUGAGCAUCGGAGCCUCUGGAAAUACUGGAUCGGACUCCUCCAAAACCAGUGCUGGCCACGCCAAAAUCGAAGCCACAUCGGGCUCCUCAGGUGCUAAGAUCACUGCAGGUAAUGUGAACACCCAUUCUACGGAAAUCAAGGGAUCUGCAGGACAUCAUGCUGUCGGAGCAAGUGAAUCUGGCUCAACGCACACUUCGUCUAGCUAUCACAAAUCCGAGUCCUAUAAGGUCAGCUCCGGACACUCGACCAUUCAGUCUUCCAGUACCAUGAAAACCACGUCCGGUAGUGCUACCAUUGGCACUGGCAGCUCCGCUAAUCAGGGAUCAAGUGCGGGACACUUAACUAUUGGUUCGACUGGCUCUUCUUCCGGCGCUCUGCAAGCUCAAUCCUCUAAAGUAAACUCGGGACAUGUCAGUUCUGGAUCUGGACAUUUGAGCAUUGGACAUACUGGCUCUUCGAAAAACCAGGGUUCUACUGCAGCUUCUCUUGGAUUAGGAUCCGCGGCUACUGUUAUCGGUGCCCAUCAAGCCGCUCAUGAUGUCGCCCAUGGUGUUGCUCACGGAGUCGCCAAUGGAGUCCUGGGAGCAGGAACAUCAAAGGGCUCUUCAGGUUCGGCAUCUCUGAAUAUUGGAUCUGCUGGAAGCUCCAAGGGAUCUUCUGGCUCGGGUUCGGCAUCAUUGGGAUCUUCAUCUGGCCACUUGAGUAUCGGUUCUACCGGAUCAUCUACCGGUCACUUGAGUAUUGGAGCCUCUGGAAACCAGGGUUCCAGUGCAGCUUCUCUCGGAUCAGGAUCCGCAGCUACUGUGAUCGGAGCCCAUCAAGCCGCUCAUAAUGUCGCCCAUGGUGUUGCUCACGGGGUCGCCAACGGAGUUCUGGGAGCAGGAGCGUCUGCUUUGUCGCCAUUGUCGCCUGUUGGAUCGGGAAGUGCAUCCCUAGGGUCCAAUGGAGGAUCUAUUUCCCUUGGAGGUAACUCCCAAGGCACUCAGGGAUAUCAUAAGGGAAGCGUUAGUCUGGGUAGCAACGGACUCAGCCUUGGCGGCAAUUUAGGUGGCCACUCUGGAAGCGCUGGAAUCGGACUCGGUGGUGCCCAUAUUGGGGGAUCCAUCAACCGCAGAGCAGGUCUUUUCCUGGGAUAGUUUUAGAUCUCUGAUUACUGAAAUUAACUUAAAACUUUAUUAGUAUUCAUUAGUUUUGUAACUUGAUUUCUAAAACCACUUUUAAGAUUCUUAUUUCUCUGUUAGAAUCCAGUCAAUAAAAAUAUAAAAUUAAAA